GGCCUUUGUGCGUGCGCGAAAAUAAAGAGCACCCGGUGAUGGACGUGGCAGACACGAACGGUCUGACAGCGACUACGCAAGCGGCCUCUGAGCCCGCUCCUGUCGCCGUCAACGGUCUGUCACACGACUCGGCUGCUGGGAGUAUAGGAAAGCAGGAAGAGCUAGAUGGGAUAGCUACCAGCGACUCUGUCUCAUUGGGCAUCGACUCAGCCGCGGUUGAUGUGAAGGCAUCUGCCACGCAUCAGGACACAUUCAGUCCACCGCCCGUACACGAGCUCAAGGCUGAUGCAAUUCCACCGCCUGCUGCUAUCGUCCAGCAAGGGCCGAACGGACACGAUGCCGUCUUGUCUUCGGAGCUCACCGCAGAGUCAACUCCGCAAGCGACCGCGACCGAGCCACCGACGAGCAAUGGGAUAGCAUCGCACGACUCGAUCAUGGCAGAGUCCAGUGCGAACAGCCAGGCAGCAUUGUCGAGCGAUCCAGUGUCAGCGCCGCUUGAUCCUUUACCAGCAAGUGCGCCCUUGCCCUCAGCGCCAGAGCCAGGCCAUGCUCCCGUGCCCGCGCCAGUCCAACCCUCCUCCGCCCCUUUGCCAGCAGCAACCGCGACAGCGCCCCCCGUACCAAGCAUACCUGGCGUCGUUGUCCCAGAAACCUUUGUUGCGCCCUCUGCGAUGCCAAGGACAGGAGGACCGCUUCCUCAGGCACAACACAAGUUUUGCUUGGCGACGGUACGCAAUCUCAAGCGAAACAGGGAAGCGCCCGCUUUUUGCAAUCCAGUCGAUCCAAUCGUGCUUGGGAUACCAGCCUACUUUGCAUACAUUCGCAAUCCGAUGGAUCUGUCCACAGUCGAGAAGCAUCUCAUCGCAAACGAGUAUGCCUCAGUAGAGGAAUUCAGGUCAGAGGUCAAGCUCGUGUUUGAUAAUUGCUGCGCCUUCAAUCGUGAGGAAUCACCAAUCGGUCUGAUGGCUCGCCGGCUGGAGGGGGCCUUCAAUAAGACGAUGCUCAAAUGUCCGCCAGCUUUGCCAGCUCCUCAGCCAAUCGCAUCUACGUCUGCAUUGCCAUCGACACCAACGUCUGUCCAACCAACAGCGCUCGAGCUCGAUCCCGCUGCCUAUCAGACACCGGCAGCGCUCGUCGACUCGUCUGCGCCCGAUUCUGCUGGCAUAAAGCGCGAUCGCCGCCCGUCUGUCUCUAUGGUGCCUAAUAUUCGUCGCAACUCAGCCGAUGGCCGCAGCAAACGAGAGAUUCGACCGCCUUCGCAGUAUGAUCUUGAGGACAGUCUGACAGCUUCAGGCAAGCGCAAGGGCAAGAAGCGCAAGUUUGGCAGCAGCAGCAAGAGUAUUCAGGAAGGUCUCAAGUUCUGCAAGGAUAUCAUUCGUGACGUCCAGAAGCAUCGCUACUCCGAGUUCACUUAUCCAUUUCUUGCACCUGUUGACUGGCAAGCGCUCAACAUUCCAGAUUAUCCCAACGUGGUUCAGCAUCCGAUGGAUCUCGGCACGAUGAAGCGACGUCUGGACGCCGGCUACUACAACCAUGCAUCGGAAUUCGAAGCCGACUUCCGCUUGGUCAUCGAGAAUUGCUACAAGUUCAACCCAGUCGAGACGCCUGUCCAUCAGAUGGGUCGCAAGCUCGAGGCGUUCUUCGAAAACCGUUGGCGAGACAAGCCUGCGUCUCGGCCUGAAACAGAAGAGCCGGACUCUGAUUACGAAAGCGACCCGGAAAAGCGAUCAAAGAUCUUGGCAAUCGAACGACAAAUUGCGGACUUGCAGAAUACCCUGGCAGAAUUGAAAGAACCUGCUAAGAAGAAGGCCAAGUCGAGUAGGCCGUCUUAUGGCUCUACGAAGAAGUCGAAGAGCUACAGCAAGUCGGGUAAACCGAAGACGGGCCAGAAGGGCAAGGCUUCCGACGGGGACGACGAUGGCGGAAUCACGUUCGAGAUGAAGCGCGAGCUUGCCAAUAAGAUCACGACCUUUGAGGGCGCCAAGCUCGAGCAAGCUAUCGACAUCAUCCGCAGUGCUGAACCUCACCUCCUGGGUGACGAGUCAAAGGAAAUCGAGCUCGACAUUGAUGCACUCGAUCCGCAGACUUUGCUCAAGCUCUACCAGUUUGUCGUCAAGCCGAAGAAGACUCGUCAGCCUUCAGCACAUACGGCAGCAGCACGACAGAUGGACGAGGCAACAGAGAAGCGAAAGAUCGAAGCACUUCAGAACAAGCUGGCAGAGAUCAGUGGGGUCAAGAAGGGACCUGCCUCGUCGUCUGCUUCCGACUCGAGUGAUAAUGACUCGGACAGCGGAAGCGACUAAUCUUGACUCAUCGCGUGAUGUGUUCGUCUGUAGCUCGAGCAUCUCAAUGCAAGCUCUUUUGCCUCAUCUUCCACUUGUCUUUGCGCUUAGUGCGGGCUCCUGGUGGCGAUUAC